GCAGACAUGUCCACCACCGUAGGAUUCUUGAGCACCAUCGCCCCCUCCGCAUGUCCCCUCCACGACCGCCGCUCCGGCGCUGCCCCGUGCCGCCGCCUCAUCCGGUCCCGUAUUUCCUGCCACAGCAACGGUGACGCCCCGCAACCGCCACCGUCAUCGCUGCUGAUGGACCGGCGCGACGUGCUGAUCGCGCUAGGCGGGCUGACCGGCGGCGCAGCAGCAGCAGGCAAGAUGGCUCUGGCGGCGCCGGUCAUGCGCCCGGACCUCAGCAAGUGCCACGACGCCAGCUCUCUGGUGCUGGGCGACUGCCUCAAAUGCUGCCCUCCCUAUACCAGCGGCGACAUCGUCGACUACACCUUCCCGGAGACGCCGCUCCGGGUGCGGCGUGCCGCCCAGGAGGUGAUUAAAGAUAGCGAGUACAUGGACAAGUACAAGGAGGCCGUGAGGAGAAUGAAGAAGCUGCCGGACGACCAUCCCUGGAACUUCUACCAGCAGGCUCAAAUUCACUGCGCAUACUGCAACGACGCCUACGACCAGGUGGGCUUCCCUUGCGUCCCCGUCCAGAUCCACUACGGCUGGUUAUUCCUCCCCUGGCACCGCUACUACCUCCACUUCUACGAGCGCAUCCUUGGCAAGCUCAUCAACGACGACACCUUCACCCUCCCCUUCUGGAACUACGACUCCCCCCACGGCAUGACGAUGCCUGAGAUCUUCACCGACGCGUCGUCACCUCUCUACGACGGCAACCGGAACACCUCCCACUACCCGCCGGUCAUCGUCGACUACGCGCACAGCCACGACUACACGGCGGGCAGCGGGGAGACGGGGAACGGUCUGGUGCGGGCCAACCAGUGCGUCAUGCAGAAGACAUUCAAGCGGUCCCUGCAGCGGGCGGAGCUCUUCAUGGGGGAACCGCAGCGGGCCGGGCAAAAGCCUUGCUCCGGGCCCGGGCAGCUGGAGUGCAUCCACAACACCAUCCACAAUUGGGUGGGCAUGAAAGAAUAUCCCCACACUGACAUGGGCGACUUCGCCACCGCCGCCCGCGACUGCAUUUUCUUCAGCCACCACGCCAACAUCGACCGCCUCUGGCACAUCUACCAAACCAUGCGUGGCUACAAGAUCGAGUUCAACAACCCGGACUGGCUCGACUCCACCUUCAUCUUCUACGAUGAGAACGAGCAAAUUGUCCGAGUCAAGGUGAGGGGCUGCCUGACGCCGGACAAGCUUUGGUACACGUACCAAGAAGUGCCGAUACCAUGGAUAGACCUCGACUGCGGGAAGAGCACGGAGACCAAGGAGAAGACGAAGACGGAGCCGUCUCUGGUGAGGGUGGAGCCGUUCGGACCGGGGCCAAUGGAGCUGUCCAAGACGGCGCUGCGAGCGAGAGUGCCGAGGCCGAAGAAGAACCGCUUGAAGGCAGAGAAGGAGGAUGAGGUGGAGGUGCUGCAGAUCAAGGACAUCGUGGUCGACACCGAGGGGCCGGUACGAUUCGACGUAUACAUCGCGAAGCCCUACGGCGACCAGGCCGGGACCGACUACGGGGAAUUUGCGGGGACGUUUGUGAGGCUGCCGCACACGAAGAAGGACUACAAGUGUAAGGGCUCCCUCAAGCUGGGGAUUACUUCCCUGCUGGAAGACAUCGACGCCGACGACUCCGAGAACCUGGUGGUCACGCUGCUCCCUCAAAUCGGUAAGUUCACGAUUGGGGACGUUGUGAUCAAGCUGCUACCGACCGACUACCGUGGAACUUCUCUAAAGCGUAAAAUAUCCGGCGACUGAUCGCUGGACUUUUGUUUGGUUCCCUUGCAUUGCGCGUACGGCCCGUCCGGUGUCGUAGUUAGUGGGUCAUGAGUUGUCAUCGUCGUAGCAUGAAUAAUCCUUACAUUCGAUGUUUGCGUUGCUUGAACUUCA